GAUGAAAGUAGACUACGCUGCGAUGGAACAGUGAGCCUUGGUCCGUGACCCGCAGCAAGAUGGCUUCCACAUCGCUCCUCGGUCGGUGCUAGCUUGGUGUUGUGUUGUUUUCAUUUCUUACACCGGUGAAGUGAACAGUUCUGUCGGUUGGUUAUAUUGUGUAUCUGCAAAGUUUAUGUGAUUUUUCAAGAGAUGGCGUUCCCGCACUUCAUGACACACUGAGGGCGCUCUGUCGCCAAGAUGAACCUCUACAAGCGUGGAAUGAUCUUCGUGACAUUCCUGGGCUCAUGCCUAGGCAUCGCGUUGGUGGCGGCUGCGCUGGGGACCAAGCACUGGGUCACUUCACGCGCCAAACGAACCCCUAAUCCCUUGGAGAGUGAUGGUUUGGUACACCUCGGCCUCUUCUAUGGCGACAAAGAUCUUAACGUCGCCUACGGAUGGCGGAAUUACCCUUUCACAGUGGUGGACACAAUGCGAAGUGAUCCCAGUUUCAUGGUGUACAGCUACUGGCUGACGACCGUAGCGUGUCUGAGCCUGUCACUGCUGUUCGCCGCGGCUGCUGCUGUGUUUGCUGUCAUCAAUACAGCCACAACACCCAUCGGUGCCCUCACCGGAGUACCUGGGCUGUACCUCUGGAACAUUGCCACUUUGGUAUUCCAGUGCACAUCCAUUGGUUUUUGGAUUGCCCAGUUUUAUGAGAGGUUGCAGUACAAUGUGUUGGGACUUGAAGAGAAAAGUAACCACUGGACAUCACAAGGAAUGGCCUCAUUUGGCUUUUCAUUCUGGUUGGCAGUGGGUGCAGCUUUCGUGCACUUUGUCAAUAUUCUCUUCAUAUACUUUGGUACUCGAGAGUCCAGAGCGAAAGCAGCCUCUAUUCCCGUUCUAGAGGAAAAAGGCAACGGUGCAAUUAUGCUCUAUUAACCCACAUGCCAUCUUGUAUAUAGUUCUUGUAUAAUUGAAUAAAGUCAUUUUAGUUUUUAAA